AUGUCCUUGCGCGCGCCAGCGGUGACGCGGACGCAGACACCUGAGCAGCCGCAGCCGAAGAGGACGCAGCAGCCCCGGUCGAAGCAUCAAUCUUCGGGAGCAAGCAAAGGCCUCAAGCAGCUCUUGCGGAUAUUGCCCCUUUCGCUGCUGCGGCGGCUGCGAAAGCGGCAGCGACGCUGGCGGCAAGCGGUUCUGGGCCGGGAAGAUGAAGGCAGAGACAGGGAGGACAAGCCCGUGGUGCUGACGGACUCCGUCUGCCUCAUUCCCGGCGGUGAGCCCGUGGUACGUCUCGAAGAUGCCCCCGGCAACGCGCGUCGAAUCUUCACAGGCAUUGACAUCCGCGCUAGCGUCGACGAGGUUUGGACAGUGAUGACGAACUACGAGAAGUUAGAGUCUCGCAUCCCCAACUUGGCGCAGAACCGGGUCAUCCGGCGCUUUGAGGAGGGUGGCGCUCGGCUCUGGCAGGUGGGCCAAGCAAAAUGGUCUGUGUUAGGCAAGGACUUCUUUUUCCGUGCAUGCACUACAUUGGAUGUGCGUCUUCAUCCAGAAGGACUGCCAAACGAAAUGUCCGCAGGCCGGAGCAUGUGCGCCUCCAGCAGCGAGGAAUGUCGUGACUAUGACCGCACGCUUCCCUUGGUACGAGACGUCUUCCCGCGCCCAUUUUCCAUCUCCGUGGAAGGCGUACCGGUUCGCGACAUCACCAUGCAGAAUGUCCUUGAUGCGCGCUCUGACUUUGUGCACUACCGAGGGGUGUGGCGCUUCCAGCCACUUACAGGCUGUGCUCAAGAGGGCGAGGACAUGAUGCGCCUGACAUUCUCGGUGGAGUGCCAGCCGCAUUGGUUUUUGCCCGUGGCGCCGGUGGAGGGCCGUAUCGCCGCAGCCAUGGCGGAGAACAUGGUGGCGGUCCGUGACUUCAUCGAGGGCCGCCGGGAGAUCGCCAAGCGCCUGGAGGAGGAACCGGCUGAACCACCGCCUCAUGAGCUUCAGGAGAGGCUUUGGCAACUCGUCCUGGAGCAGCACCCCGAGGCAGCUCGACACGAGGCCUUCCUGGGCAUGCCGUUCAAUCGCCAACAUUUGGCGGCGCGCUGGCCACGCCUGGUCAAAACGUUGGGCAUCUCCGAGCAGCAAGCCCUGGAGAUCCUGGAGACGGACGUGACGCCUUUGCUGGUGGCCUCCGACGACGUGGCAGAGAUCCUCAGCCGCCUCGCGGCCAUCUCCUCCAAGGAGAAGGCGCUGGAGCUGAUCGGAAUCUACCCGUCGCUGCUGGCAAACGACGUCACCAAAACCAGGGGCCUGGGCAUCUCCACCAUUGCAGACAUUUUAUACGCGCAGCAAGUGCAGACUGUCAUUGAAGAUGUGAGCAAGGACGCCCAAGGCAAGAUUGAGGAGAUCGAGCUCUACUCACAGAUUUUUGCGGGCCUCAAGCCAUUGGUCACAGGUCGUUUGAAUGCUGAGGGCCUGCAGACGGUGAGACGUAAGAUGCUGGAGGCCACUGCGAAGCUGGUCCCCAACGAUGCGUUCCGGGUGCUGCUGAAGCGCCUCGCAGAGGCGCCGGACCCCUUGGCCUUCCUCUUUUGGCAAACCCGAGCCGGACUUUCUGUUGCUUUGCUGUUGGUUCAGCAGCCCUCCCUGGCUCUGUCCAUCGCUGAGCACUCCCCCAGGCUUAUCCCGCACCUGCCGUCCAUCUAUACACGGCUAUCCGUGCUGCAGCCCCACGUGCCCGGCAUCGUGCGCAUCCUGGAUCCGUACUUGGAGGUGGUGCGACCGCACCUAGACCGCAUUAUGGAGCGAAUGGACAAGAUCGAGCCGCACCUCCCCUUCAUCCUGCUGAAUCUGGAUGUGCUGGCGAAGCAUUGCGGCAUUCUACUGGACUACUUUGAUGACCUCCUGCCUUUCGCCACACUGGAUGGCGAGGAGGAGAUCCGCCCGGCUGGCCGGGAGGUGGAGCUUUUUAACGACCACUGCUUCCGGCUCCUGCGGCAGAAGGCACAGCUGUCGGAUGGCUUCAUCAACGAGGGCUGGUCCAUGGCAAGCCUGGCUGGAGGGGGAGGCAAGGGUGGCACCCUCAUGGCAAAAGUGGGCAACUUCAUCGUGAAGGAGCUCAGCGCAGGUGACCAUAAGACGCUGUUGCAGGUCACAGAUAGCUUUGGCGAGCACUUGAGAGCUGGUCCAUCCCUGCUGAGCCCCAUCUUCUUGCACUUUAGAGACAAGGAGACAAAGCGCUGCUUCUUUGCCAUGCGGAACUGCGUGGGCAAGGGCCCCUUCCAGGCCCUUUAUGAUCUCAAGGGCUGCGCCGAUGACAAGCUGCUGGAAAAAGACGGUAUCCCCGUUACAGCAGUUCACAAACGCAUUUGGAACGUGCCCAUGUGGUGCUCCUGCACCUGGUCCCAGGACCGGCGCCGCUACUACGAAGGCAAGUUGGAGGCUCGCCAGGUGGACAUCCCCCUGCCGGCAGAGCAGAGGGAGGCCUUCUUGCUGGCACUGCGAAGAGAUGUGUCCUGGCUGGCGGGGCAGAACCUUAUGGACUACAGUCUCCUGGUAGCCAUCAAGGAGAUCAAGGAGGAGCCGAGCCAAGGCUUGCCGCCUGGCCAGCCCUACAUCCACGAGACGCCCCUAGGCUUUUGA